UACGUUCUGCAGUAGGUUCAUGAAUGGCCUCCUCAGCCACAGGGAGAAAGUUUACCUUUGUGGUUAUUGGAGGAGGAAUCUCUGGAGUUUCCUGUGUAGAAUACUUGUCAUCGUUGUGCUCAGAAGAAACAAUCGCUCUCGUAACAGCUACAGAUGUAGUCAAAGCGACUUGCAACGUGAAGAAGUUCGGCAGAACACUAGAGGAAUUCGAUGUGGAGGAAAGAUCAGCUUCUUCACUUUUCGAACAGAGUCCUAAUGUUGUAAAGAUACAAUCAGUUGUCGUCGGUAUUCACCCUCAAGAGCACAGUAUUGUAACAGAGACUGGUAACAAGUAUUACUACAGGAAGCUGUGUAUCUGUACAGGAGGAACACCGAACCUUAUUACCAGACAUCCUUGUGUUAUUGGCAUUAGAGAUACAGAGAGUGUACUACAUUUGAAGAGCAAGCUCUCUCAGGCUCGUCGAAUAGCUAUUGUUGGAAAUGGAGGAAUAGCUUUAGAACUUGUAUAUGAGAUGUAUGAUUGCCAGGUUUUGUGGGCCAUUAAGGAUGAUGCCAUAGGGAAUACAUUCUUUGACGAGGGAGCAGCCACUUUCUUCCUUCCCCAAAUUGAAACCAACCAACCAGUUUCUGAAGAAAAAAAGAAUUUAAUGAAGCAUACUGUGAAGAGGAUGAAAUAUGGCAUUGAGACUGUUACAAAUAAUGAAACUUGUUUUCUUGGAAAUCCCGCCAAUACUUUGAGUGGUGGAGCUUUGGGACCCGACUGGUGUUCAGAAUUCUCUCUCCAUGGUGCUAGCAGCAAAGAGAAAGGUUACAGACAGGUUCAUGUGGAAUACAAAUGUGAAUUUAAACAACUCCUCAACCCUGAAGAAUUUAAAAGGUGUGGUGAACAAGAGUCACCCUUUCCACUGAUAAAAGGCAGUUCAUUAGAUUCUGCUGACUGGCAAGUAUAUAUCCAACUUUCAAAUGGAAAAAUAUAUGGCUGUGACUUUAUAGUAUCAGCGACAGGUGUUGUUCCAAACACACAAUCAUUUGUAUUAUGUGCUCCAUUUGAAACAGCAGAAGAUGGUGGUCUGUUGGUGAACUCAAACAUGCAAACUAAUAUUGAGGAUAUUUAUGCUGCUGGGGAUGUCUGCACUACUGGAUGGGAUCCUGCACCUCACUGGUUGCAAAUGAGAUUGUGGAGCCAGGCUCGGCAAAUGGGAAUGUUUGCUGCAAAAUCUAUUAUGGCACAUUUUUCAAAUGAAAAGAUACCUUUGGACUUUUGUUUUGAGUUGUUUACUCAUGUGACUCAAUUUUUUGGGUAUAAAGUUGUUUUACUAGGAAAAUUUAAUGCGCAAGGACUAGGAAAUGAUUAUGAACUACUUUUGAGAUAUACAAAGGGUGAAGAGUAUGUGAAAGUUGUUUUGCAUGAAGACAGAAUGUGUGGAGCUGUUCUUAUUGGUGAAACAGAUCUAGAGGAGACCUUUGAAAAUUUAAUUUUGAAUCAGACGGAUUUAAGUGCAAUCAAAGAUAUUUUGCUUAACCCUGAAAUUGACAUUGAAGAUUACUUUGACUAAUAUAUAUCCAUAACACUGUAACAAUGUAAUCUUUGAGACUGUCAGGUUAUUUAAAUUUGCACAGAAAUACAUGUAUGUUAUUAAAUGUUUUGUGUAGUCUCGCUGAGUA